UGGACAGGCACGUAGAAUGUCCGGCGAGACGGAGAUCGAGGUGUCGGUUGUGUCGGAGGAGGAUCUAGAACUGGAGGGCUCCAGGAGCAGUUCCACGCCGGCGGAGCUGCUGCUGCAGGAGAAGAACGGCAAAUCCGGCUGCGGCCUGAACAAUCACCAUCACUCAUUUAGCUUCGACUCGGUCAGCAAGCCGGCGCUCAGGCCCGCCUGCAAUCCGCAGUACACGUCCUUCAGUAUCUCCAGCAUCCUCGGCAGACCGGAAUCGCCGCCCGUCGAUUCGACAACGUCCACGGGUUCCGGGGAGAGACAGUCGUCGGACGUCGACAGGACGUCGCCGCUGCCGCCGACGAACUCGCAAAACUCGCAGAGGGUUCCGCCGUCCUGCGGCAGCCCCGGCAGAGUCUCGUCCUCGCCAACGUCCCUGAGACUGUCCGGCGGCCAGCGCGGUAUCCCCGCGACCGGUCACGCCGGCUUGGAGUCCAGAGCCAAUUCCGCGAGUAUCGGUAUCGGAUGUGCUACCAGUGCUACCAGUCCGGCUACGACCUUCUCGCCGCCCGGCGACGCUUCCGCCAAUCCACUACUGGGACACCAAGCGUCAGCAGAUCUCGCGAUGUUAUCAAGAUUGAUAGCAAGCCGAUACCCGGUCGGCAUCGGCGGCUUGUUCUACCCGUCGACGCUGCAGCAUCUCCAUCAGCAUCAGCAGCAGCAGCAUCAGCAUCAUUCGCGACUGGCCGCCGCGGCGUCGUCCGCUCUCAGUAAUGCCGUGCAGGUUGCCGGCCAGUCGCCGGACAUCGUCGACGCCGACGGUAUCCGUGGCGUCCUCCUCGGCGGCGCCGGCUGGCCAUUUCCGUGGAGGCCGACGCACAGCUUGCAGACGCUCGAGCAUCCUUCGCCGAGCGACGUGGUCGGCACCCUCAGCCGGGUUAGUCCCGCGUCCGCAUCUUUCCCGCAGCGAGACGAACUCGACGAUGACAAUGGCGACGAUCGUUUGCACCGUGCGAGGAGUCCGUCGAGCGGCGACGAGGUUCACGACGACCUCGGUGAAGCGGACGAUUGUGCAGACGCCGACGUCGAAGGCGAAUCCACUUCGACGAGUCUUCACGGUACUUCGGCGGGCGGCGGUGGUGGCGGCAAUAGUGGCGGCGGUAACAACAACGGCGGCCAGAACAACGUGCAGGUCGGCGUGGACGGUCGCGAAUCGAACAGCAUAAAGCGCAAGAAGAAGACCAGGACGGUAUUCUCCAGGUCGCAAGUUUUCCAAUUGGAGAGCACGUUUGACAUGAAGCGUUACCUCUCGUCGUCGGAGCGAGCCGGUCUCGCGGCUUCACUCAGGCUCACCGAGACCCAGGUGAAGAUCUGGUUCCAAAAUCGACGAAACAAGUGGAAGCGGCAGCUGGCCGCCGAGCUGGAGGCGGCGAAUAUGGCGCAUGCCACUCAGAGGCUGGUGAGGGUGCCGAUUCUGUAUCACGAGGCGUCGGCCGGCACCGCCACGUCCGCCGGCGUUUCUGUAUCGGUGACGGCGCCUGGACCACCGGGUCCACCGCCGCCAUCAUCGGUCGGCGCGACCUCCGCCUUGUCGCAUUCGGUCGGCGUCGGCGUGGGUGUCGGCGUCGGCGUCGGAGUCGGCACCUCGUGCGCGCCCACCACGGCGCAGCCCAUCUUCUACUCCCAUCACCAUCAGCACCACCAUCACCAUCCGGCGGCGGCCCACGUGCAGGCGCACAGUCUCCUGUCCCACCAGGUGCACCCGCAACCGCCACCCCCACCCCCGCCGCCACCCAACGGCCAACCACCGCGGACGUCCUCGCAAUAA